AUGGCACAAGACAAACCAGUUCCUGGCAAUACCGGUGAUGCUCAUUUGCCAUAUGAUGGUGACCCAACUCACAAAGACGACACGCCUCCUACGGCCCAGCGCGCUGUUGAGCCUGACAAUCAGUCACACCCUGCGGGAGACGGCAGUGACAACCAAGACCCUUUUCCGGGCACAACUCAGGAUGGCCCGCAGGAUCAUCACCAACACUCGGCCUCCGAUGUUGAAACACAGGAGCAUCCUCAAGUUGUUGAUAAUGCUACUUCGGAUUCGGAAGCUCAACCACCGCUGCCUCCAGUUAGUCCCUCCCCUGUACCGCGCAAACCAGUUGCCAAAGCAGUCGUGGUCACCAAUGGGUCCGAAAUUCCAGAUCAACGGCUAGCUAAGGCGCCGGCACAAAGUGCUCGCGACCUUGGAGGAUUCUGGCACAAUUGGUGGUCAGAGAUGACCUUCCUCAUUCUCAUGUUCGGCGCCUUUGCUGCGAUUGUCGCAGUCAUCGCCCCAUACCAGCAUCGUCGACUGCCUUCCUGGCGCUACAGUAUCACCAUCAACGCGCUGAUCGCCGUUUUCACCGUCAUCCUGAGAGGCUCUAUCCUCUUCAUAGCGACAAAAACACUCAGCCAGCAAAAGUGGAUUUGGUUCGGUAGUCCCCAUGCGCGCCCAUUGAUUGACCUUUCUCGGUUUGACAAUGCGUCGAGAGGGCCCUGGGGUUCGUUUUUGCUUGUACUGACCUUGCAUGGGAGGAGCCUCCUUGCAACACUGGGAGCUCUGAUCACUGUCCUCACCAUCGCUAUCGACCCCUUUGCUCAACAAGUUGUCCACUAUUACUCUUGCAGCCAAGCAUCUACAGGCACAAAUGCCACCAUGCCACGUACUGGUCUAUUCCAGGAAGCAGGAAGUGUUCAGCUUCGAGUCAACGCGAACACGGUGACUCCAGGCCUAGCGUCAGCAAUCAAUGCGGGUGUCUUCUCUGCAGAAGCAGCGAAGCGGAUCACCUCGGACUGUCCUAGUGGGAACUGUCAAUUUUCCGAACCUUACCAUACGCUUGGCUAUUGUUCGAACUGCAGCGACAUUUCUGAUCAGGUCAAGGUCACAAAUUUCGACGUGCCGUAUACAUUCCUCAACCAGACAAGCAUCAUACAGGCGUUGAACACUUCCCUCCCUUCCGGCUACAGCACCCAAUACGUCACGUUCGAAAAUGCAACGUAUCUGGUAACAGCUGUUUUGGAUCCAAGUGUCAUUGAGUCUGGCACUAACGCGCCCAGUCCCUUUGCGAUCACCCAUGAGAAGGACUUCCAGAUCCUGUACGGAGCAUACACGGAUGACAAUGCAAACAGUGGCAUGGAACAUCCAACAUGUUCCGAAGCUGAGAAGCACCAUGCUCAAACAGCCUGGGGAUGUCGCGGCUAUGGUGCGGCUCAGUGCUCUCUAGUACCGUGCAUCCGCACGUACACAGCAGCGGUUUCCAACGGCACCGUCGACGAAACCCUCAUCUCCACGUCCCGGAACUGGGGAUAUAGUUAUCGCGUCUCCAAGGCCUCUGUCUAUGUCCCUUGUCUCAGCGGCCAACAGAAGAGAGCCCUCAAAGACCAAGGCUAUCCUAUCACUGAUUCCAUGGUCUGGCUCCCCUACGACCAUAACAUUGACCCAUCAACCGGGAUGUGGGAACUCAACGCGACGUAUGGCACGAACCAGUCCGCCACUGACAUCGUCCCACCGAAAUGUCUGUACGAGUUUUUCUUCCUGGCCAUGACAAGCAUCAACGAGUAUCUGCAAAGCCAAAUCUUCAACGGCACCGUCACGGCCUAUGGCUCUGAUGGACGCGCCGCCUUCACUAGCACGAACCCAGUGGUCGCGGCCAUCUACAACGGAGGGAACAUCUCCUUCCCGCAUGUCGAGUCUCUGUUCGAGAACAUUUCCCUGGCCAUGACUAGCUAUAUCCGCCAAAACAGCAACGGCACGUACCUGGGCAGGUACUUCCAAGUCAGCAACACGAGCAUCUCGUUCGACCCCAAUUUCCUGGCGCAGGGGACCAUUUUCCAACAAGACACAUGCGUCGAGGUCCGGUGGCCGUGGUUGAUCCUCCCGGGCACGUUGGCCGUACUUACAGCUCUUUUCCUCUGCGCCACCAUCAUCGAGACGUCGCUUGCUCGUCCUAAGAACGCUUCAUUAAUGGAUGGUUCGGCGACAGAGCGUGGAAAUCCAGCCGGUAUACUUGCGCGUCGUCGAGCAGCCGUGUGGAAGGAAUCUCUUCUUCCACUCCUCUACCACGGUUUGGAUGCGAAGGUGGUGGAGCAACACAACACUUCUGGCUUGACGCCCAUCGAUGAACUCGAGAAAUGGGCAAGGACGCUCAAUGUCAGGAUGGACAAUGGAGAUCAGGGCUGGAAGUUUGUCAAAGUGGAGUAG